CGGAAGUUAGUUCCUCUCAACGAUACAAUUUCCCAGUUAUUGUUAGUUUUUUGAAUAUCGUGACUCGUUUCGUCUCGCAUUUUUAUUUAUUUUUUACAUUUUUAAGCGUGUCUCUGAAGCUGUGUGCGUGUGUUGUUUAUGAGCGCUGCUGACUUUCCCGCGGAGGGUUUUGCACGCAGCCACUUGCUCUGGCGUGGAGCGUGAUUUGAAUCGCUCUCUGCUCCUUUUUUUUAAUCGUUUGAUAUUUUUUGGGAACAUGUAUUGAGUUAUGAGUGGCCUUUUUGCCAUGACACAGUAGUAUAUGUAUUUAUAUAUAUAGAUGUAUAUAUUUUAACAGCAGCUGUCAUUAUCUUACGUUUACAAGAUGGCUAACGUGCUGACUGAGGGAAACCAGUUGGAGAAAGUGUUGUCUCCUUCAGAAGAAGUGGACUGCCCUCCUGUUUUGGACGACACCUCAGCCCCCCUGAAUUUCUCUGGGCUCACACCUUGUCAGUUUGGCAUCUCUGCCCAGAGUUUCACCCCAGCAUCACUGUCCAAUCGCAAAGAUAAGUCUCGUCUAGCACAAAUAAAGUUAAGGCGGAGGUCCAACAUCGGUGUCCGGGGCUCCCCUGAGACAAAUUCCCUCAUCCGCUUCAUGGCACAGCAGAGGAUGAAGACUCCACCAACCUUCCAAACUCCAGAGCAGCUUGUCAGAGGUAGCCCCUUCACUCCCCGGGUCGCCUCCACACUAAGGCAAAAGAUGGCCUCCUUCCAGAACCUGAUGGAUGUGGAAGAAAGCGAGGUCUGUGGUCCAGAGCCAAGGCAGGACAGCAACACUGGAAGAUGCAUCAAGACAAGAGAUUAUCUGUCUGAUGGGAACAGUCAUAAUGAAGGGAAGGAGAACCACCAACCGCCUGUGACACCCACACCCAGCAAGAGGAGGCGCCUGGGGCCCCUGGAAACCUGCGAGUUGGAGAUUAGAGAGAGCAGUGCUCCUAACCUCAACACAAGUUUGAAGGAGCAGAAGGAGGACGAAGAGCCAGUGACGCAGACUGUGACACAAGAACCACUGCCAUCCUGUGAGACUGUGGAGGAGGCCCAAGCUGUAGUUCUAUCCCCACCCUUUCAUGUUGACUUUGAGCUUCAAGCAUGUUCUCCUACUAAGAAACAACAGGACAGUUUGUUUGAACUCCAAAGCCAACCACCUGAUGAUCCUGCAGCCACUUCACCAAGCCGACCUGCAUCCUCCUUCCACAUCCCCUCUUUCCCCUCUCUGCUGGAGAUGAAGCCCACAGAAGACGAUGACUCCACUGAAAAGUCCACGGUUAAGAUCAAGAAAAAGAGCGUGUGCUUUGGAGGUCCGCUCUCUCCUGAGUUCUUUGAUAAGAACUUGCCUCCCAGCACCCCAUUACAAAAGGGGGGCACACCAGCCCGAGCACCCACACCAGGUGGGAGCUUAAAGCUGCGCUCACUGCUGAAGACGCCGCAGAGGAGUGAAUCUCAAACACCACAAACUCAGCCAGACCUCUGCAGCCCCACUGCGUUUGGUGCCUCACCUACACUCGCAAUGCCUCGCAGUCGCAGAGUGCGGUGUGUGGAAGAGGACAGUGGAGAUGGAAAGCAGCCUGCAGACUCUGCAGUGACACAUGAUACAGAAUGUACGUGGGACACCCAGCCGUUGAAUCUAAACAACACUUUCCAUGAGGAGUCUCUUUCUCAGAUGGUGACAGAGAACACACCCUCCCAGUUGAAUGAGCUGAUGUCCUUACUAAAGGAGGAGGAACAACAUGAAGCAGGAAUGAAAGCUGAAGCUCCAGCCCAAACAAGAAACCAAAGGAAACAGCAGCCACCAGAGUGUGAAUCCACCAGCAAGGCUCCGGUGCGCUCCAGCAGUCGAAAGAGAAAGCAGUCAGAGGAGAGUGAACCUGUGAAGAGGUCGACACGCUCUGCUGCCAAGUUGGCCUCUGGGAAGAUGAAGACGACCUCCACAGCAGCACGUCAGUGGAACAGGGAUGUGGACCGCUCCCUGUAUGGCUCUCGGGCGUAUGCCUCCAAGAAUCCUACCUUGAGUCCCAUCACAGAGAGGUUGUCCUUCAGCCAGGGAGCACAGCAGGCUCCCUCUAUGAGCUGCACAGCCCCAAAUCAUGAGACAAAGUUGAACCCUGAGAUGAUUAACAGCUGUGAAGGAACAGAUGACCCCUCUGUUUCAAAUGCUUUGGAAAAUCCUUCUGAAGAUUCCAUCACAUCUGCCAACUCCAGUAAAGAAAGCACCACAGGGAAGGACAGGAGGCUGUCAGGGCCGAGGGUCAGAGGACGAGGACUGAAGAAAAGAAAGGUCAGUGUUGCUGAUGAUGUCCUGCUCUGUAAGGAGACUCUGGACCAGACUGGAGGAAAGACUGAGGAUCCCUGUGAAGACCAAACCAGUACAAAGCCUGAGGAGUCAAAGGAGGCCCCACUGACCCACACUGACCCUGAACAGGAAGGAGUCAACACUAAACUUACUGCCCAGACUUCUGCAGAUACACACCACAUAGACUUAGGUGGAAAAUUAGAACGUGAUUUCAGUCUGGAGGCGACCACCUUAGACUGCCCACCUUCAGGUGAGGAAUCCAACAUCGCAACAUCGAGUCUGCCAUUAGAACCAGCACAGAGAAAGACCAAGCGAGGCAGGAGGAGAUCUGUAAACAGCUCAGUCCUACAGGAGCAAGGGAACCAGACAGAAGAGCACCAAAUGAGCCAUGAAGUAGAGGAGAAGGAUCAGGGAGACCAAGCAGCUCGCCAGCAGGAAAACAGCAUCAGGUCGAGCUCUGAUAGUCAGGAAGAAGAGGGAGCAGCCACCUUGUCCCUCGCCCCCUGGCAGUGUGACUUUAAUUUCGAGGAUGUGUUCAAACCUGUCACCACUAGAGGGCAGCGCUCCGUACGCCGCAGCCUGAGGAACCAGAACAACGACGAGCUCAGCAGCAACAGUGCAGGUCUGGCCUGGCUACCGCGGACCUCCCCUGACUCCAGCAAAGAGUCCCGCAGGAGGACGAGAGGCCGGCGGCUCAGCACUGCUCCACCUGUCCAGCCUCCACUCCCUGAGGAGGCGCAAGACACUUUUAAAUGACUUUACAAGAGAACUGAGAAUAAAGGGGCACAGCCACCAAGUUCAUUCCACUUUCAUCGAUACCUGCCCUGUUUUCUUGAAAUUAAAUGCAGUGAUUUUUUUUUUUUUCUAAAGAACAGGCUGUUUGUUUUCUAUUAGCUAAAACAUUGACGCUUUUCUUCCCUGUGAAUUAUUAGAGCUGGCCGGUAAUUUGCAGCCAGUUUCCCUCCGCUAACCAAGCAAGUCAAUACAGUGAGAGCCCAAUCAUCUCUGCUGACCACCUCCUGAUCAAUAUCCAACCACUCAGCUGGUAAUCACAGUGCAUCUCCAGUCUCCCUCUCCAAAGUCACUGGAUCGAGCAUCCUCAAGUCAAUACCUACUCUUUGUGGAUAGAUGAAGAUGGCUGUGCUGUAUUCACCAUCUGUCAGGCUGUGUUGGUGGGGGUGGGGGUGGGGGUGAAUAAUAAGAAUAGUAAUGAGGGGAGAAAAGGUGACUUACACACAGAAAUCUAAUUGAUAUUGUUCAUUUAUGAUCGCUGUAAUGGUUUUAUUUUUUUGUCUUUUUAUUGAUCAGAACUGUUGACAUGCAGGGAAAUGUCCAGAAGAGCUCCCUGUCUCAUUGUGUUAUCUGAACUUUUAAUGGAUGGGUUUAAUAUACUGUUGAUAAUUUUUAGUAAUAGCCAGGCUGAUUGAAACUGUCUUACACAUUGCAUCAAAGUCUAAAUAAGUUAGUGUGAUGUCUGUGUGAGCAGAAAUGUACUGUGUUGCACCAUGGUUCUGAUUGAAAUGCUGCGGUGCCAUGUGAAGACCUCACUGCAUCAAACUGUGUUCAUCUAACCAAAUGAUUUAGACUCGUUUGGAAGGAAUUCAUCCAGAUAAUAAAGCAGCCACUAUCUCCACAAA